AUGUGGAUAUUAGGAACCUACGUUAGUAAUAGGAUAGCUCAUAUCAAUGGUCAUGCAUUGAGGUUGCUAAUGCAGAGGAAGACUGUGGAUUUCUAUGCUUUGGUAGUUAAUGCCCUUAUGAUGGGCCUCGUUCAGGCUGUUCUCACUCCUCUUGGUGAUAUCAUUGAGGCUGGCAUUGCCGACCAUUGGCGGCGACAACUCACGAAUACACUCUCUAAACGGUAUUUCAAGGACUCCACCUUCUAUCACUUGGUAUCGCCAGCUGGCGGCUGUGAUCAGGUCAUUGUGGAGGACGUCCCUAAGUUGGCUGAGGCUCUGGCAAACAUGCUCAGUGAUACACUAAAGCCGCUGGUGGAUCUGGGCUGGUUUAGUGCGGGUGUCUUGCAGCUUACGGGCACCACUGGUCUGUCUUCUUUAUUGACCUACAUCAUUUCCGGGAUGGUGUUCCUUCGUCUCAUCCGUCCUGAUCUUGCCGGAUUGACGGCCAAACGAGAGGAGCUGGAUGGGGCCUUCUCAAUGUUCCAUGCCCGACUGAGUCAGUGUGCUGAGUCCAUCGCCUUCCUCGAUGGUGGUGCUGUAGAGUCACGGACAGCUGAUAAGUUGUUGGCGGCUAAGUUAGACUUCCAACGUACCUCCAAGAGGCUUGAACAUUUCUACGGCAUAUUCGAUUUUUUCAUAUCCCAGAUGGUACCCCAGAACGCAUCUUGGGUGCUCAGCCUUAUGUACCGCCAAGGCGCUGGUGGCGUUGAAGGAGAUGAGUAUCUGAGUCAUACACUGAGGUAUCUUGGCUCUGUGGUAUCGCAUUCAUUCUCGGCAUUGGGUAUGUUGAUGGAGCUGGGUGGCAAGUGGGUGGGAGCUAGUGGACAUGCUUCAAGGGUGGAAGAGCUCCUGAGGGCCUGUGAGAAAACUACCGCUCGGUUGGAUGGGAGAGUUGAUGCUGAAUCUAGUCACGUCGCAGAAGUUGCCAAGGAUAUGAUAAAGCUUGAGCAAGUGGAUAUUCAGACCCCUGAUGGGGGUCUUGUACUGGCAUCCCAGCUGAGCAUCAUGGUGGAUUCCAAUACUGAUAAGGGUAUGAUCAUAACUGGCCCCAACGGUUGUGGCAAGAGCGGUGUUCUACGUACUAUAGUAGGGCUGUGGUCUCCUGGUGGUGGUACACUACUAACUCCAUCGGCUAAGGAACUGCAUUACGUUCCAACGAAGCCGUAUAUGCCAGAAGGAACUCUAGCAGACUUGGUCACUUAUCCGCACAGGGCCGGCGCUGAUGAGACAACUCUGUCGAGAGUUGAGGAAUGCUUACAUCAUGUUCAUUUGAGCUAUCUCGUACCACGCCAGUCUGAAGGGCUACUAACUCUAGAUGAGGAUUGGGAGAAUAAGCUUAGUCUUGGUGACAGCAGAGAAUAG